GAGGAAGUUUACGGUAGCGGCGCUAGGACCAAGCGGAAACAGGUCACCGACACAUUUUACAUGGGGAGAGGUUUCACUGGUUUCACUUCGGCUGGAAUUUGAACAAAGUUCCUCUUAAAAUCAUUAUUACCUGUAGCGGUAAACUUUGUAUAAAAAAAAAAGGAAACGCUUUGUGAUCUAAAACACAAAUCUCCGUUGACCGGGGCGUCAGUUGUUGCGUUUAUGUCUUCUUCCGUUUUUUCCCCUGUGAUCUUCCUGAAAACACCUGCGUGAUUCAGGUAACUCACCGGUGAAGAGGGAAGUUCUUGGGCACUGAGCGGCGAAAAGUUUGUCCUGCAGGGAUGUGUUCCAGUCGGGGUAUAUGCGGCGACAACCAUCGUCCUAACAGAUCCUCUGGCUCGGAAGGCUCCGGUUCAGGCGCUCACUAUGCCCUUUGCGCCCUGGGAGUAGGACUCAUCGCCCUGGGUAUCGUCAUGAUUGUGUGGACUGUUAUACCGAUGAGUGGAGAGGCCCCAACCGGGUCCCCCACCCCGUCAGGCAACUCCACCACAGGGCCUGGCGGCGCAGAUCGUGGGGAGGGCCAAGACACCAAGUCUUCAACAGUGGCUAUGGUGCUGGUUGGAGUUGGGGCAGCCAUGCUGUUUUUAUCUAUUUUCCUUGGUGUGAGAGGCAAGAGGAGACGACACAAUGCAAGUAGCACGCCAGCGGCAACAGGAGUCCCCCUUGUGACCCCUGUGGCACGGCAGCAGGAGUUAGCAGCUGCAGCGCAAAUGGCACAUAACGUGCCGAGCUACGACGAGGUCGUUGGCAGUAACAACUAUCCCGUCCGCCAGAGCAACCUUCGCCAUAGCACCUCCCAGCUGCCAUCCUACGAGGACAUCAUAGCUGCUGUGGAAAAUGAGGGAACAGAGCCCAAUGACAACCCCACCGAGGACACCCCUCUUAAUGAUGCCACACCAGCUCCGGCUGAACCUGCCGCUGAGCUCCAGGCUAACCCUCCUGGCCUUACAUCGAACAACAGCCUGCCCGCUCGCAGCAGCAGCCGGGCCAGCCGUUUACUACGGCCCCUCCGGGUGAGGAGGAUCAAGUCAGACAAACUGCACCUGAAGGACUUCCGCAUCCAAAUCCGCAGCCCCACACACAAUCCAGUGACCAUUGAACCCAUCACUCCACCACCGCAGUAUGACAAUAAGAUGCCUGAAUUAGGGUAGUGUCUCUCACUAAUUGCCUGCUCCCAAUGAAUAAAAAUAUCUGGACUAAUGAUAACAUUUCUGAGAACCCAUUUUCAAGGUUGGUAUUUAGUAGGUUAAAUGUGGCUGCGAGCAGCGUGAUGGAAGCCUGAAAUGAGAACAUUGUCUUUAUCACAGAAGCUUGUGAUUGGCAUAUUUAUUCUGUUAUUAAGCAUAACUAAGUCUGUGUGAAAGGAUCGGAUGUUAAAGUUGAGAUUUUGUUUUAGACAUGCCAUAACUUAUGUCAAACAUGGGACAGCCUUUUAGUUUUAAAGUGUGUAGCAAAGUGUGUGUUGAAAUAAACAAAACCCUAAACUAUUAUGUUUUUCACCUUACUAGGAAUUAAUGUUACUGUAUGUUGAUUCUAAUUAUUUGUGGAAAAAUGUAAACCAGAUUGUUGAGAUUCAAAAGGGCAAAAGGGAAAUUAAUUACCUGAGAGAUUUUUACCUGAGAGAUUUUAAAGUGGUAUUCAGUAUCAUAAGCAUUAGAUGUGCAAUCUUUAUUUGAUUUGUAACUAAAGGAAAUACACUAAGGCCAAGAAUGUAUGAUGUGUUAGCUGUUUUUUGUAAGUUGUUUUUAAAUCUAGUGUCUUAAACAAACUGGUUUUUGAAAAUGAAAAUGCCAUCUGUAGGACGUCCAGUGUGAACUGCAAAAUACUGGAAACACUGGAAACGAUUAUUAUAAAAACCGGAGGAAAACUAUUGGAUAUUCUGGUAUGGGAUGUUAACAAUUAAACAUGCAUUGCUUCAUAGGACUUUUAUAAGUAUUUAGAUGUGUAAACCAUGCUGUAUGAUGUUUGUAAUGGUGAAUAAAUGUUUUUCUAUUUCAUUUAGGAUUGUGUCAAGUGACUGUAAAUGAGUUGUGUUGUGUAUGUUAAAAUUCCUUAAACAUUGUACCACUUAGAUGCCAAAACAGUUUAAGUAAGUACAUCUACUCAAACACACAAAUAAGUUAUUUUUCCUUUUUUCUGAUCUUUCUUGCUGUAAGUUUUAAAGAUGUAUUUAUUUUGAAAGAGAGAAAUCUUAUCCUUGUACUUUUAGUUAAUAAAAUCUAACUGUAGAUGUA